CUGAUUUUUCUUCACUCGCCUGGUGGUGGCAUGUCAAAAGCUGCUUUAACGUCGCGGUGAUUGCGUUGCUCUAGUAAAGUUUUUCGGAAUUUUGUGCCUCGUCGCUUGAUCCGGAGUAGAAAAUCCUUUGAUUCAUUGCGGAAACCGGAGAUCGAGAGUUCCGGAAGUGCUUUGUGAAAGAAUUUGGCGGAAGCCAUCAAGGUCUGGUGAGAAUUGGCCCCUCGAAGGGUGUUGUUUCUUGUUCGAGAGUGUUCCGGAAAAGGCCCCUGGUUCAUUUUUUCGUUUCUUUCUUUUGUUGGUGGUUGGCUUUCGCGUUUCCUUUUCGGUCGGUUUGUCCGAGUGUGAAUCACGUAAAGGUGAAAUUUUUUACCCUCAACCAUCAUCGGCUGUUGUUAGCCAGGCAUCGCAGAAUUAAUAUUGUCGGGAAAAAGCCAAUAAUUACUUAAUAGUAGCGGUGGCAUGGAACAAGUUAUUUCUGUCGGUUUGUGAUUGAAUGAGAGCGAAAUUAUCUCGAAGCAAGUGAGGCAUUUCCGACUUCGGAACGGAUCGCAACAAAAGAGUAGUGUUUUUGCGCUAAAGGGGGUUUAUCUGUUCUCGGUGCUAAUCGCGGAGCCACCAAGAUGACCUAUUUCUACAAGAACAAGCUGCUGCAGCAAUCGCAGCUCAAGAAGCUCGGCGAUCACAAGUACAACUGCGUCAACGUUAGCCUGCUGGAUCCCUUCCUGCAGCCCUGGUGGUGCUGGCUCGUGUCCAAAGUACCCCUCUGGCUGGCACCGAAUCUGAUCACGAUCGUCGGCCUGAUCGUCAACAUUCUUACCACACUCAUCCUAGUUUAUUUUAGUCCAAACGGCCGGGAGGAACCUCCGCGGUGGGCCAGCGCCCUGUGCGCCUUCGGCCUGUUUGUCUACCAGAGCCUGGAUGCCAUCGAUGGCAAACAGGCGCGGCGAACCAAUUCCUCCAGCCCCCUGGGUGAACUGUUCGACCAUGGCUGUGAUUCGAUAUCCACGGUGUUUGUGGCCCUAUCGGCGUGCAUAUCGGUCCAGCUUGGGUUCUACCCCCGGUGGAUGUUCUUCCAGUGUUUCUGUGCGAUGACCCUGUUCUACUGUGCCCACUGGCAGACCUACGUGUCCGGAACGUUGCGGUUUGGCCGGAUCGAUGUGACCGAGGCUCAGUGUACGAUUAUCGGAAUCCAUAUGAUUUCGGCCAUCUUCGGGCCCGGUAUUUGGAUGACGAAAAUAGUUGGAAAUUUUGAACUAUGGAACACCAUGACGGUGAUGACGGUUGUCUGCGGAAGCUGGGCCCUACUGCAGUUUUUCGCAGUGAUUCAGGCUGGCGGAGUUGGCAAGAAUGGAUCCACCGUGGCCAUUCCGGUACUCGGGUGGACCUGGAAUCAUAGCGUUAACGUUUUCUUCGGCCUCGGAUUUCUGCAAGUCUUCGUAACGUUUUGUCGAACAUUCCGCGAAGGGGGCGUCGGUAAAAACGGCUCAACCGUAGCUCUUCCAAUAAUGGGUGGCAUCGACAUUAAGAUAGUGCCACUUUAUUUUGCCGUUUUUGUGUUUGGGCUGCUAGCGUACGGGAAUGCGUCCGUGAUCUUCACGGGGGGCGUGGGCAAGAAUGGAUCAACCGUUGCCGGAACCAGCGUCCUGUCGCCCAUCAUUCCGUUCCUGUUCGUGGUGGUGCCGGCGUACGUCAUCUCGCAGAAAUCCACCGAGCAGAUCUACGAAAACUACCCGGCCCUGUACAUCAUGGCGUUCGGCAUGAUCACGGCCAAGGUGACCAACCGACUGGUGGUCGCCCACAUGACCAAGAGCGAGAUGGAGUACCUGGACUGGGGCCUGAUCGGACCGCUCUGUCUCUUCCUGAACCAAUACUUCAACAACUUCCUGUCCGAGUACUGGGUGCUGUGGUUCGCGAUGCUCUGGUGCAGCAUCGACAUGGUUCGGUACUGUGGCCAAGUGUGUCUGGAGAUCUGUGCCUACCUUCGGAUCGAGCUGUUCCGCAUCCCGUACCCGCCGAAACCGCUCAUGACAUCACAAGGUACGAAUCCUCCCACCCACCACCAUCAGCACCAGCAUCACCAUCAUCACGAGGGUCGAAACGGUACCAGUAAUAGUAACAGUGGUACCGGAAGUAGUCAGCAACAGCAACAACAGCAACAGGCUAGGAAGCAUCAGACCCGCGCUAGUAGUAGAAAGCAUAAUUUGCACCAAUAAUUGUCGUCUACGAGGUUGUUGCUCUCGUUGCCGCCUCGUUUCGUUUUUUCGUUUUGCCACCAGCGCAAAAAUCACAUUCGUUUGCUUAAUUGAAUAUCUCUUUACGUUCUUGUUUUAUAAAGAAGAUAAGAUAUUGUUUUCUUUCGUUUAUUUUCCAUUCGAGAAAAAAUGGGACGUUGUUUUCUCACGCAAACAUCAUUGAUAUUAAUUAUAUUUUCGAAGCAAAAGGCCAAAGAAGGAAGGAGAACCUAAAUCGGAUCGGAGCGUGUUUUGUUAAGUUUCGCCAAGAACAGAAACGAAAAAACAUAAGGCAGCGAGAAUAUUUUAUAAGUAGACUAAUCAAGAGGUUAGAAGAGAGAUUAAUGAUCCGUGAAAAAUGUGAAGCUUCGUGUAAAGUAUCAGUAUGACAGUGACUGUUGGUUAUUAAGUGUGGGUCUGCAGCUGCUAGUCAGCGCAAUUCACCAUUAUUAUUCAUAGUAAACAGCUUAGGAAUAUUUGUUAAAAAAGGACAAAAGUAGCUUCGAUAGAAAACUAACAACGGUAAUGGAAGUCCUAAGUAGGUUACUAGCGACUCAAGAUAGAGCAAACCAAAAAAAAAGUAAUCCAUCUAAAUUAGCAACGGUUAACGCGUGUCUGCGUGUCACAGGUCAACACUAAACUAUAACAUCCACCUUGUUGUGCUAAACCUUUAACAUUAGAAAUCCGAGAAAGCGUUUCCAAUUGUUUAAUCAUCGCCAAACGUUGUGAAAAGUUGGAUGUCAUUGAUCCACAGUUCUAUUUAGUUGAAAAUUAAUUUAUUGAAAAAAUAAAACCUGAAAAUAUUAAUGUUUGCUUUCAAGCGUCUUGUGACUAAUGUUGAACUCAGUGUUUAAUUUUAUUUAUUUCAUCAACUUAAAAUUAGCUGUUUCAGAUUGUUACGUCAGUAAUUUUUUCUGUUAUCAAUGUUUUAACACUUUUGAGAGGAAAUGCAGCUUAAAUUAAAGUCAGGAUAGAAUCCGCUAAUUCAGAAUCUGUUAUCUACAUUCUAGGGUCACAAAUUUGGAACCAAGAAUCUAAUAGAAGCUAGUCCAGAAUUUUAAUUUUAGGUUGUAGAUUCAAGAUUUUCGAUCCUUAAUGGAGGAUUCUAGAUUCCAGAUCUUAGAUUAUAGAAUUCGUAGUUUGGAUUCUAGAGACUAUAAUCGUGAUUCUAGAUUCAAGACUAGAAUCUAGAAGCCAGGUUUUAGAAGAAUCAAAUGUCUAAAUUCUAGAGGUUGAUUUCUCGAUUUUCGAUGCAGGAUUCCGGAAUUUGAAAUCUUAUUUAAAAUCGAAACUCAAUUUUAUUUUACCUAUGUCUUUUAAUGUAUUUGCAUUCUAGAAUCUGGAUUCAUUGCAGAUUCUGGUUCCAAGUUUCCUAGAAUCCAAGGUUCUGAAUUUCCAAUUCUUCAAGAGUUUAGAUUUGCAGAAUCUCGUGUUUGGAACGAAGUUCUUCGGAAUCCUUAUUUUGAUUUCUUGAUUUAAGACACAAGGUAGAUUUUGUCUCGACUCCAAAUUCUUUAUUUCAGACUAUAGAUUUCAAAUUAAAAAUUCAAGAUUCAGCAGCCUAGAAUCCACAAUAAAAAAAAAACUAUCAUAAAAGAAAGGAGGAUCAUAAAAAGUCUCUAAAUGCUGACUAUUCCAUUCAGGAGUUCAAGUUAUAGACUCUAGCUUGCUGAAAUUUAGAUUAUGGAUUAUCUGUUUUAAGAUUCUAUUUUCAGAGGAUUUUAAGCUUUGAAUCAAAACUCUUAAUUCUUGAUUCGUGAUUCUAAAAUUGGAACUCUGUAGUUUAGAUUAAUAAUUCUCAAGUUGAGAAUCUGAAUUGAAAAUUUCAACUUAAAUUUUAAGAAUGAAUUCAAAUUUAAAAUUUUACGAUUUAAUAACUGAAAUUGAAAUAUUUGUAGUUUAUUUAAAAUAAUACAACUUUUUCGGAAUAAAGUUUGGUAAAAAAAUUAUUUUUGAGGCUCUUUCAGAAGUUUUCUAAAAUUCUAGCUUUUAAAAGUUUAGCAUUCCUUUUCAAUUGAACAUAAAACUCAAAUGUAUAAAAUUAUGAUCUAAAUACCAUCGAAUUAUUUCCAAGAAUUAAAAAGAAAGAUAUUAUUUUUUUUUAUAAUUAUCUCAAUUUUUUUUUUGUAAAAUUGAGGUAAUUUAAAUGCCAACUUUUCAGAUUUUUUUAUUUACUGACGAUGCAACAUCAUUUGAAUUGAAAAUUCUACUUUCAGCUCUACCACAGAGCAUGAAUCCACGACACUCUGAGGGUUGAUGGAUUUUUAAAUUGUGUAAUAUAUCUAAAAAAAUUCUAAAAACCCCGUUUUCAAUUGAGCAAAUUUCUACAAAUUGUGUGAAACACGCCCUACUCAUCCUAAACUUAUAUUUAUUCAUAAAGAAACUAAAGACGAAUAAUCACAACCAGCAGCUAGAUAGUACCGGAAAACAGAACUUUAAUUGAUAAAGUUUUAUUUAUCGACAUCGUACGAAUGUUUGGAAUUAAUUUGAAAUCUGUAUUGGAUUGUGUUUGUUGAAUUCCACAAUUCACGUCAGAAAAUUGGGCUAAAAUUAAUUUAUUUAUAUUUUUGUAAAUUUUUCGUUCUUCCCUUUAACUUAAUUGUUGAAAGCAAUUAAAAAAAACUAAACAAUUUCCAACCAUAAAAUGAGCAACAUUAAAAAUGUGAGAUUUUUCUACAUUGGCCAAAUACUAGCAAAAUUAAAAAAAAAAAAACUCACAGUAUAAACGAACCGUUUUAACACAAUUUUGUACUUACAGUUACGAAUUGAAGACAAAGCAAACGAAAAAAAGAAGUAAAAAAAACUGUACAUUAAGAAAGUAAAAUCCAAUUUUGGAGUUUCGAAGAAAAUAGAGAGUGAUGUAAAAAAGACAACAAACAAAA